UAUCUCAGUAGUGAAGCCCUGUAUUAUGACUUCUUUACCGAGUUGCUUAUUGACUUGAAUUCGAUCUAUUUUCUUACAAUCUCUGAUAACAUGCCAGACUACUUCUAUCUCCGCAAGAUAUUCCGCGAUCUGUUCGUCCGCAAAUCUUUCAAGUAUGACUUUGUUUUAAUUGGACUGCUUACUAGUAUCAGAAGAGUACUGCUAUGGUUUUGGAUAUCAACAAAAGGGAUAAGGAUACUAGAGAGCAGCAGUGCUGUGCUGUCAGGAUGUUACUGCUGCGGUGUCUAUGGGCAUCCCCGGUGCCGCCAAGACUGGUGUCAUCGCGAGCCAGCGCCAUAAGGUUAUCAGACGUGGAAUUUGUUGGAAAUAAUUAUUGAACUUUCAUGAAAGGGGAAGGUAUGGAGAGCAUAAUCACGCCGACUUAUUUAUUGCAGGCCUUGAGAAUGGAUUCAUACACAUCGUAAGACGCUAGAUACGGUAAAUGGAAUACCAUAAGG